AUGCAGCAACCCCAGAAGUAUCCUCCGGUAUAUCAUGAUGCUUCCUCAUUUGGAGCCGCCACUCAUGAUGAGUGGGAGGGUAUAACUUAUAGUUGUGCCUCGAAUCAUCUACCGUUUAUUACAGCAAGCCAGUACUUCGGAGGGGCUGUUAAUGUGGGAAAUGCAUAUCGGCCUGGGUUUCCCAGCCAGUACCCAUUCGCUUACGGCCUCCCAAACCCAGAUGCGAACUGCGCAACGUUUCGUCCCCACAACGAGGACAGCAUCGCUCAGCCUCCCCACAGCGGGCUCCUCUAUAUUGUUUUAUUCAAGUGCGCCAGAGCCGAUGUGUUUUACAUUCAAGAGGGAACGGGCCUAACGGUCAGACCAGGCGACUUUGUUAUUGUCGAGGCUGAUCGCGGCACUGACCUCGGAACCGUAGCCAAGGACAACGUCGAUUGGCAGACGGCCAAGGAUCUCAAGGAGUAUUACACUGAGGAGCAUUACAAGUGGUUCAUGAUAUAUUCUCAGGGUACUGCUGCCGCCCUAGAAGUAGCUAGUGAUGGUCACCUUGCCUCUUCCAUUGGUCUCCAAGCGAGGGCAGUUGGAGGCAUGGCAUCCCCAAGCCAGCAUCACACGCGGAAGCCCAGUGAGAGUAUACUGCGACCCAGGCUUAUUAAGCGUCUUGCCCAAAGCCAUGAAGUGCACGCGUUGCGGGACAAGGAAGGCUUAGAGGCAAAGGCCAAGCGCGUUUGUAUGCAGAAGGUUAAGGAACACGGUCUCAGAAUGGAGAUCCUAGAUGCCGAGUUCCAAAUGGACUGGAGGAAGUUGACUUUCUACUACUUCGCCGACUCUUACAUCAAAUUCAACUCGCUCGUAACAGACCUAUUUAAGAUUUAUAAGAUGCGAAUCUGGAUGUCUGAUAUCACCCCGGUCUCUUUCGCGAGCCCAACUCUUGCCGUCCGGGCCCCGAGCGGUAUGGGUCCUGGCGCCGUGGGAGCUGCCGGUGGUAGUGAUGAUCUCUGGAAUUAA